AUGGAACUGGACUCCAUACCUGUCCCUGAUCCAAUCACUACUGAGAUUGAUACUUCUACUGAAGAUCCCGACACACCUCCAGAUGGCGGUUAUGGAUGGGUCAUCAUCUUCGUCUGCUUCGUCCACACAUUCUGGAUUAACCUCUGGGCUGGAUCAUGGGGUAUUCUACAAGCAGCCUUACUUCGAACAACCCUCAAAGGCUCCUCACUGAGCGCCGUGUCCUUCGUUGGCAGUCUCGGUGUAGCCUUGGGUCCUGCGCUCGGAAUACCCGCCAUCAGAAUAGUACGUGUCAUCGGGGCUCGCGCAGGCAUGACCGUUGGCAUUGCAAUCUACGGCAUCGGCUGCCUAGCGAGCAGUUGGGCCGUUGGAAGCCUCGUGGGCUUGUUCUUCGCUUGUGGAGUGACUUAUGGUGUUGGGUCAGCCUUCACUGAUACUUUGUACAACACUCUUCCGGUAUUGUGGUUUAAAAGAAGACUUGGGUUGGCGAAUGGUAUCGUCAAACUUGGGGGCAGCUUUGGAGCGCUCGUUGGAGCUGUUUCAGUUGGCUACCUGGCUGAAGGCGUUGGAGUCGCCUGGACGUUUCGGAUAUUAGGCAUUGCGUCGCUCAUCACUGGCAUACCCACUGCUUUACUCGUCAAGGAUCGCGGUGCUCCCCCAGAAUAUCCUGUAAAGUUGUCUGUCUUCAAAGACGCAUGCUUUUCCUGGCAUUUCGCAGCUGGCGCAGUUGGAAUCUUCCCCAUAUAUGCACCAACCUUCUUCCUACCUUAUAUCAACAACGCUCUCGGGUUCUCAAACUCCACAUCGAUAGCCACGCUUGCCUGUCUUUUGGCUUGUAUGUCAGUAGGACGAAUUCUGACAGGCUAUGCGUGCGAUAGGGUCGGCUCUAUGAACGCCUUGUUUUUUACCUCUCUGGUAAAUGCCAUCUCUCUGUUUGCAGUUUGGCCUUUGUCGUCUAACCUUGGACUUGUUCUGUUGUUUUGUAUUCUCAAUGGCUUGUCAAAUGGAGGGUUUGCAGUGGCGAUUCCUACCGCUGUCGGUCGUCACUUGCCAAUCGAUGAUGCGCCAGGAGCCUUGAGUUUGCUCUUCACGGGAUGGGCGCCUGGUAUAAUGGGAGGAAAUGCAAUAUCGGCGGCUCUUAUCCAGGUCACGCAUGCAGAUGUUGCAGAAUCGAUUGUGCCUUUUCGACCUGCUAUGUACUAUUUUGGUGGGACAGCCUUACUUAGUACUGUUUGCGGUGUUGUAGCUCGUUUACUUUACAGUCGGGAUAUACGAGUGAUUGCAUGA